CUUCUUGCCCUAUCUCAAAAGUCACAAUUGCAGUUUGAGGUUAAAAAAUUUGACAAAUAAUGAAAUAAUACAAAAUUUGAAUUUCUUCAUUUUAAUAAAUGAAACCCGACUGAAAUGGAAAAGUCAAAGAAAUACAUAACAAUAUCCGUAGCGGCGUUUAUUUGUUACUGUAACACACUUUGGGGCUCGUUUGUCUUUGACGACACCGAAGCAAUAAUCAAAAACAAAGAUGUGAUGCCUUACAUUCCACUAAACGAAAUAUUUCGGAACGAUUUUUGGGGCAGCAAUAUCUCCCUUAACAGUAGUCACAAGUCCUACAGACCUCUCACUAUUUUAUCUUAUAGACUGAACGUUUUGUAUUCCUCUAAUAAACUAGACGCAUUCCAAUUUCAUGCAACCAAUGUGAUUCUUUAUGGACUGUUAUGUUUACUCACCAUUCCUGUAUUUGAAUUAUUCCUCCGCAAAAAGAAAUCUCAAAAAUCCGUUGACGACACUGCCUAUUUAUCAAGCUUGUUAUUCACAGUCCAUCCUAUUCACACAGAAUGUGUCGCUGGACUCGUCGGCAGAGCGGAUAUUUUGUGUUCCAUUUUAUUUUUUGUUGUGAUAUUAUUGUAUGAUAAAGUAAUUAGUAAAAAGUCGUUUUUGUUACUUUGCAUUGUUGUGGUAACUACAGCGGCUGCUGUCUUGUGUAAAGAAACGGCGAUAACUGUUUUGGGCGUUUGUGUUGUUUAUGAUCUUUUCUUGUUAAAAAAACAAAGGAAAGAUUGGUGUAACAUAUUUAGUAUUUAUUUUAUUAUACGUACUACGACUCUGGUUGUGACAGGAUUAGUUAUUUUGUUUUAUAGAUAUAAAAUAAUGAACUUUGAAGGCCCGACUUUUACAAGCAUUGAUAAUCCUGCUGCUUAUGCCGAUAACAUUUUCGUUAGGAUAUUUUCUUACAAUUAUAUUUAUUUUUUAAAUUUGUUGCUUUUGUUGUGGCCACAAUGGCUGUGUUUUGAUUGGUCAAUGGGAUGUUUACCUUUGAUAGAAAGAAUCUCAGAUAAGAGAAUACUCAUCGUCUUGUUUUUCUGGAUAAUUAUCCUAAUAUCAGCACAUAAUUUAGUCAAGAAAGUAAUAGAAAACAGAUUUCUAGACGCUAAAACAAUGGCAAUUAGUUUAAUAAUUCUCCCAUUUUUACCUGCUUCGAAUUUAUUUCUAAAAGUGGGAUUUGUGAUAGCUGAACGUACCCUCCUGUUACCUAGUGCUGGAUUUUGUCUAUUGGUUGUGAUUGGUCUCAAAAAAAUCGAAACUUUUUCUCCUAGUCAUAAAUCAACUUUAGUUGUAUUGUUUUACACUGUUUGUGUGAUUUUUUCUCUUCGCUCAAUUCAACGAAACUUUGAGUGGCUAAAAGAGGAAACUUUAUUCACUUCUGCUCUCAAUGUGUGUCCUUUGAACGCCAAAGUGCACUACAAUAUUGCGAAAAUCGCCGGUGACCAAAACAACAAAACAUUGGCUUUGGCCGAGUACAAAAAAGCCCUCGAACUCAACCCAAACUACGAACAAGCGAUGAACAACUUGGCUAAUCUGUUGCGAGAAGAGAGGAAGUUUGACGAAGCUGAAGCUUUGCUACGGAAAGCACUUGAUGUUAGGCCGAAUUUUGCGGCCGCUUGGAUGAAUUUGGGAAUAGUUUUGACGAAUUUGAACCGGACUGAGGAGGCCGAGCAUUGUUACAAGACCGCAAUCAAGUACAGAAAUAAAUACCCGGAUUGUUACUACAAUUUGGGCAAUUUGUAUCUAGAUCAAAAACGCAACGAUGAGGCUCUCGAAGCCUGGGAAAUGGCCGUCCUUUACCGCCCCACCCACGUGGCUGCUUGGAGCAACACUUUGGUGCUCCUGGAUAGUAUGCGACAAUACGACAAAGUGCUGGAAUUGGGAAUUACCGCCCUUAUCCACAACCCCAAAUCCCCGGCUCUCCACUUCAGUCUUGCUAACACUUUGGGGAAAAUCCAGCAGUUUAAAAAAGCCGAAAGUCACUUUCUGGAAGCGAUCAAUUUGAAUCCAAACAACGCUCUCUACCACUCGAAUUUAGGGGUUUUAUAUCACAGAUGGGGUAAAAUUGACAAGGCUCGUGAGAUGUAUAAAAAGGCACUUCAGAUUGAUCCUAGGAUGAAAACGACCGAAAUAAAUCUUCGGAAAUUGAUAAAUGCUCAAGAUUGAGUGACGCAAUACUUUUCUAUCUCAUUAACUUAUUGUGCUACUGAACGAAAUAAACGAUUGAAAUUU